GUUGGCUCAGUCUUCCAUUAGCAGCCGAACAGAGCGGCGAGGUUCGAAAGCUCGUAGUGCGGUUUAUUGUCCGUUGGUGUCGAUCCCUCCCUCCAUAUAUUUGGUUCGGUAGCUUUUUGCAACUUGGCGUGGUAGGGCAGCGUGGUUGCUGCACGGGACCGAUUGUUUUGUUUUCACUUUCCGAUAGCGUUCCGAACAGUUUAUUCUGUAGGCCCCCGAGACACAGACAGUAGCAAGGUUAUAUCACGGCGCCUCAGCAUGCCAACAAAGCCACUGGACCAAUAGAAGACCAAGUGUGUUUAGUGAGAGUGUUUGGUCGGACGUUGAUGAAAUUGAUAAAUUUGGUGAUCGUUUUAAGCGCUGGGAAUGUAACGAAAAAAAAACGCGCGAAUAUCUAUGCCUCUCGAUCUUCCAACGGAGCAAUAAACCGACGAAGAAGGUGAAACGUUAUCAAAUUGUGGUGCUUUCCAAAAAAAAAAUCGAUCUGAACACCUCGCUGUCCGAGAGAAGUUAAUAGUGGAAACGCAACAACGUGCAAGUGUUAAUUACAAACUGUUGCAUGGCUGUGUUCGUGUAAACUCAUUGUAAUUUGGAUACGGAUAAAUCCGAGUGGUUUAUAGUGAACCAGAAAGAUUACAUCAGAAAGUUGUUUGUAUGAAGUAAUAACACAUUGUCUGGUGGUUAAAAUUCGUUGAUCAAACACAGUGCCCAUGUGCUCAACCGCAGAGAAGUAGAGAUCACCUAUCCCGAACGCGUCUGAUCGUUGCAUGUUAAACGGUCUGAAGAUUUACAAGAGAAAAUUUUCGAUUUGAUCGAAGCAGUGCAUCAACCAUUAGAAGACAGUUGCAAACCGCAGUAGCAGACACACAAAAAAAGAAACAACGGCAGCCACCAUUCACCGAUAGGACAAAAUGGUUUCGACGCGGUUCGAAGUAUCGAGCUCACCGCCUAUACGAUACCCAAAAUCAAUAUUUUUCAUAAUCAGCAAUGAAUUCAGCGAACGUUUCAACUACUAUGGGAUGCGAACUGUCCUGGCUCUCUACCUCACACAAAAGCUCAACUACGAUGACGAUACGGCCACCGUGAUAUACCACAUAUUUACCAGUUUAGCGUACUUUUUCCCCCUGAUGGGUGCCAUCCUGGCCGAUAGUUUUCUCGGCAAAUUCAAAACGAUCCUGUACCUGUCCAUCGUGUACUGCAUCGGAAGCGCACUAAUUGCUAUGGGGGCUAUUCCGCCCCUCAACCUACCGGCCACAUCAAUGACCGUCAUUGGGUUGCUGUUCAUUGCGGUGGGGUCCGGCGGCAUCAAACCAUGCGUUUCGGCCUUCGGAGGUGAUCAAUUCAAGCUGCCCGAGCAAGCGGUGCAAUUGGCAAAGUUUUUCUCGCUGUUCUACUUCGCUAUCAAUGCGGGCUCCCUCAUAUCUACCACGCUGACGCCAAUUCUUCGCGAAGACAUCCAUUGCUUCAAUGAGACCGAUUGUUUCUCGCUUGCCUUUGGAGUGCCGGCAGUGCUAAUGAUUGUUUCCAUUUUGGUGUUUGCAUGCGGUAAAUCGAUGUACUCGAUCAAAAAACCAGCUGGCAAUAUGGUCGUUCUGGUAUUCAAAUGCAUUGGGAACGCUUUGUCAACGAAAGUUAAAGAACAAGAUGAAAAUCCGAGAUCUCAUUGGUUGGAUUAUGCCGAGAUGAAAUAUGGUAGACAAAUCGUGCAGGAUAUCAAGUCGCUCAUGAAAAUUCUGGUGCUAUACAUUCCACUGCCCGUAUUUUGGGCACUCUUCGACCAACAAGGAUCUCGAUGGACUUUCCAGGCUACGAGGAUGAACGGUGAAAUAGGAGCCUUCACCAUCAAACCCGAUCAGAUGCAGGUCAUCAACCCUCUGCUAAUUCUUGCAUUUAUUCCCUUCUUCGAAGGUCUAGUCUAUCCAGUUUUAGAAAAGGUUGGCAUUCGAACUCCAUUGCAAAAGCUUUCAUUCGGUGGUAUUCUAGCCGGUGCCGCGUUCGUCUUAUCCGGAUUUGUCGAAAUUGCACUGGACGAAACUAACGCUGUUAUGCCCACGCCAAUGGAGUCUCAACUGAGAAUAUACAACGGACUGCCGUGCGAUUAUCACUUCAAGUCGGAAAUACCAAAUUUUAACAAUUUUACUGUGCAAUCCAUCGGUACCUUCGAAGCCAUCCACGUAAAUACCAUGCAGAAUACAACGUUCCGAUUCACAGCGGAAACGACAGAAAGCUUUUGCGUGAAGGCAAACAUGUCCAACAUCUCCGGUACUUUUUAUCUGAAUCCGGGUAAUGCCGUCAGCUAUUUCAUCAGCCAGAAAGGAAGUAAAGUUAACCUGCUCGAGUAUGCGGACUCGCCGGAAAAGGAUAAACGCGGGCUACCUCGAGUACGAAUUCUCGCGAACAUUAAGACCGCCAAAAAGGUGCUACUGAAAAACAGCUGGAACACCGAUGCUCAGUACAACGUGUCGCUGAACACGUACGAUCAAUUUUCAGUUGCCGAUGGAGAAUACGAUCUGUACAGUGAUAAUGGAACUAGGAAAAUCGCUUCUGUGAAGCUGGAACUAGGGGGAGUCUACACAGUUAUACUGCACGAGGUUUUGGAGAACGAAUUUAAACUUCAAAGACACACCGUAACUCCCUCCAACUCUCUGCACAUGCUCUGGCUGGUGCCGCAGUACGUGGUCAUCACUGCCGGAGAGGUGAUGUUCUCGAUCACUGGCCUCCAAUUCUCCUACUCGCAGGCGCCUGAAAGUAUGAAAUCCGUCAUCCAAGCCUUCUGGCUGCUGACGGUGGCCAUCGGAAACAUGCUGGUCGUGUUCAUCGCCGAGGCCAAAUUCGUCGAAUCUCAAUCGGUGGAGUUCUUCCUGUUUGCGGUACUGAUGUUCCUGGAUAUGGCGCUGUUCAUGAUCCUUGCCGCUCGCUACCACUACACGGAAGAAGACGGCAAGGAUAUCGAAACGGGUGAUAUGAAGAAGCCGGAUAUUGAUAAGAUGGACGACGUUCCAUCGAAGCUCGAUCAAGGUCCUUUGGAGAAGGGAUUGGAAGCGCCAAAGGCCGCCUACACGAACGAAGCAUACCGGGAAGACUGAGUGCUGUGAAAUUUAGAAUGUUAAUUGUUCUCUCUAAUGGUAUUAAUUUGUUUUCAGUAUAUUUUGAAUGGUUUAUUUUUAACCUGUUUCAUUUUCUGUUGUGAAAAUAUUCUAAAUUGCAAUUGUCGAUGUAAAUUGUGUUGUAUUAAGAUUUCUUUAAUUUAAAGAAAAUAAAUAUUAAGUUACAAAUAAAUAAUACCAAAGUUCAUUUUAUUU